ACAAGACGCUUGCUGAGGGUCGGAGCGGCGGGACAGCGGUGACAUUUUUGACAAUAUCUCCUCAAUUACUGCUCGGUAAUGGCAGAGAAAUGGGAUGACGGACCUUCCCACUCACCUGAAGUUGUGUAUGACGGGUUCAGCAACACCCCCGCCCCCCCUCAGCCCCACCCCGGCAACACCCCCACCCCCCCACAAGCCCUCGCCCCGCCACAGCCUCCCCCGCCGCCAGCCUUCGUGGGGGGCGGGGGCGACGGCACUGUGCCUAUGGGGGGUGGACCGGGGCCGCCCACCUUCAUGAUAGAGCCACAGGGAGAUAACCUUCAACAAGCACUACAACCACCACCACCACCGCAGCUACACCACCAGCACCACCACCACCACCACCAGCAGGGAGAUGAUGAAAACGCAGUCGUAGUAGGCAGCGGAGGAGGAGGAGGAGCAACAGGAGGAGGAGGAGGAGUAACAUCAGUAGGGACAGCAGACAGAGGGCGGCUAUGUUUCGUCUGCUGCAGUUCGGUCUCGGAUAAGACGUUCGAGAGCGUGCGAUCGUCGAUGAACCACUCACACGCGCCGCUUCUCGUCCUCUUAACCGAUGUCCUGGGCUACAAGUUGGAGGCUGGGCGGCUACACUCUGAGGUGGUGUGUAAGAGCUGCUACCACCUGCUGGACAUCAUUGACGAGCUGCAGCAAACCCUCACAGAGUCCAAGACCGAUGUGCGCACCAAGUUCCUCGAGACCAUCCAGCGACUCAGACUCAAGUACCCGAGGACGGACAAGAUGCUGAAGCCAAGGUGUCUGCGCUGUAUCCAGAUGUCCCAGUCCUCGGCACGGCGGCGGGGGCGGGGCAGCGGCGGCAAGGGGUGGAAGGGGCGCGUGGAGGACCAGAGGGGGCGGGGCAAGGCUGGACGGGGCAGGGGCAGCAGCAGAGGCCCAGGGAGGACUGAGGACGGACAGGACAUGGGCAGCGAUAAUGAUUUGGAGAGCGUAAUGAUCAUGGAAGUGGAACCUGACAUUGAUGUGGAUGACGACGGCAGUGGCGGAGGUGGCGUCGGCGGAGGAGGUGGAGGCCAACAACAACAACAGCAACAACAACACGCACACCACCAGCAACACCAACAACAACAACAGCGACCAUCCACCACCACAAACAACACCACCACUAACACCAAACAAGCACAGCAACCGUCCCCAAACAUAGUCUUCGAUACCGACCCUCCGCUCUUCUCACCCGACGAAAAACUCAAAGUGGGCGUCAUACAGGAAGAGAACGGGGCGCAGGUCUUCCGUUGCAUGUACUGCCGGAUAAGGUGUGAGAGCGCCCUGGCCCUGAAAAUGCACGUCCGAGUCUACCACAUGCCUGUCCUGGUCUACGAUAAUGGUCUAGGGACGGCUGAGACACGCUACCGAAUGGGGAUCAAACUACAGAAUACGUCCUGCACGGAAUUGACAACCUCGGAGAAGCCGUUCGCAUGCCUGUUCUGUGAGUCUUCGUACAAGCUGCAGAGUUCGCUUCAGUCGCAUUUCCGAGAGCACCACAGCCCGAACAAGCCCUUCCAGUGUCUCGAGUGCAAGGAGGGAUUUCGCCGACCCAUCGAGCUCUCCCGGCACAGACUCUACCGAUGCCCUGUUCAGCAAAAAAUGUCGUGAUGAACCAAACAGUAUUUAGCGGAAGUUGAGUUAUGUUACCAUCACCCACUGCAAGAGAGAGAGAGAGAGAGAGAGACUCGAACAAACGUACCUCCCUACCCCUCCUUUCCUUUUAUAAUUUCCUCGUCAAGCUGAACUCUGUCGUAAAUAUAUGCCCAGUGAUAUAUAUAUAUAUACUAUUCAAAUAUAUGUGACUGCCCAUAAUUGUGUGUGUUUUGUAUAUAGGCAUUUAUAUAUAUAUAUGGCUUAUUAUUUGUUUGUGUAAUGGACAUAGAACUGUGUGUGUGUGUGUGUGUAUGUGAGAGAGAGAGAGAGAGAGAGAGAGAGAGAGAGACUUUGUUCUGUCGAUAUUGUCUUCUGUAUAUAAAUAGUGAGAGAGAGAGAGAGAGAGAGAGAGAGAGAGAGAGUGACUUUGUUCUGUCGAUAUUGUCUUCUGUAUAUAAAUAGUGAGAGAGAGAGAGAGAGAGAGAGAGUGAAGUAUUAUCUCUAACACAAUUCUCUUUUUGUGUCCCGAGUAAGUUAUUUUCUACCUUAUAUUUUGUUUACAUAUAUUUGUAUUUUAUUUAUUAAUUUAUUUUAUUCCUGUAUUUUAUUGUAUGUUUAUUUGUUGUUUCUUCUUUGUUUUCCUUUUCUUUACUUUUUCUUCUUUGUUCUUUUUCUUUAAUUCUUUUUUUAUUUUUCUCCUUUUGUUUUAUUUUUCUUAAUUUUCCUCAUUUUCUUUUUCUUCCCUUUCUUUUCUUGUUUUCUUUUUCUUUAUUUGCUUGUUUCUUUUUGUUUUCAGUAUUUCCUUUUUUUAUUUUUUCUUCAUUAUCUUUUCCUUCUUUUUCUUCUUUAUAUAAUUGUAAAUAUUUUCAUGAUUAUUUUUUAUUAUAUUUUACUUUCCCAUAACUUGAAAUUUAACCCAAAACUUCAUAACCGGCUUCAGAAGGAAUUAUUAUUAUUAUUAUUACUAUUAUUAUUAUUAUUAUUAUUAUUAUUAUUAUUAUUAUUACACAUGGAGGCGAUGCAGCUGUUAAUAAUGUGAUAUAUUUAGUGAACUUCUGAGUGUUUCAUAUCAUUAAGACAAAUAAUUAUAAUAUUGUAUGGAAAAAAUAACAUAUAAUACUUGUA